UAGUGGAGUUAUAUAAGAGGUUUGAAAAGAAAGAUCCUCAUUCUCCAUAGUUGCGUGACAGUUUUUUUCUCCCACUCAUCUAUGGCUACAGUUAAGAACCUUCUUAAGAGCGACGAUCUUCUUAAGUAUAUGUUGGAGACAAAUGUAUAUCCAAGGGAGCAUGAACAACUGAAGGAGUUGAGAGAGGUAACAAUGAAAGAUAUAAGGGGAGAAAUGAGUGUGCCUGCAGAUGAAGGGCAACUUUUAUCAGUUAUUUUGAAGCUAAUGAAUGCUAAGAAGACCAUAGAAAUUGGAGUUUUCACUGGCUAUUCGCUUCUCACUACUGCAUUGGCAUUGCCGAAGGAUGGGAAGAUAAUAGCUAUCGAUAUGGAUAGAUCAUCUUUUGAAAUAGGACUCCCUUUUAUUCAAAAAGCGGGAGUGGAAGAAAAAAUCAACUUUAUUGAGUCCGAAGCAAUACCUAUCCUUGAUAAGAUGAUUGAAGAGGCAAAAGAUGGUGAAGAGGAUUUAUACGAUUUUGCAUUUGUGGAUGCUGACAAAACAAACUAUGGAGAGUAUCAUGAAAGAUUGUUGAAGUUGGUGAAGAUAGGAGGGGCCAUUAUCUAUGACAACACACUCUGGCUUGGUACCGUAGUAGAACCUCUAGAUUUUUCAUUCAAUGAGGAGGCUGAUCUUGAGGUAAGAAAUUUCUUAGUGAAGUUCAAUAAAUUUCUAGCGGCUGAUUCUAGAGUUGAAAUUUGUCAAGUUUGCAUUGGAGAUGGACUCACCAUUUGCAUGCGCAUCCUUUGAAACAAGAUACUAUUUUCCUCUUUU